AUGGCUUCUGUUGAAGGAAAUGAUCACUCUGAUUCAACACAACCUCAAUCCACGCGACCAGUCUCAAGUUCUAAUACACAGACCAAUUCACCCAAUCCUUUUCUGCUAAGUGCAAGUGAGAAUCCAGGUAAUAUCUUGGUCACACAGCCAUUGUUGGGAAUGAGGAACUAUCAAUCUUGGUCUAGGGCUAUGGUUCUAGCACUCACUGGCAAGAAGAAGAUAGGCUUCGUAAAUGGAAAGAUUGAGAAACCUGAAGAUGAUUCUCCAUUGUAUGAAGAUUGGGAAAGCUGUAACACAAUGGUGCUUUCUUGGUUGAUCAAUUCAAUGCAUUUUGAUGUGUCAAGUGGUAUUAUGUAUUGUGAGACUGUGAGGGAGAUGUGGCUUGAGUUGCAACGUGUGUUUUCUCAAGGAAAUGGACCAAAGAUUUAUAACCUUCAACAAGAAAUUUCACAGAUAACUCAGAGUCAAUUGUCAGUGACUGAGUAUUACUCUAAGUUCAAGAAACUUUGGGAUCAACUACUUCAUUAUGAACCCUUGCCAGCAUGUACUUGUGGUGCGAUGAAGACACUCAGCAUUGCUCAUGAGAAAUCAUAUGUGAUGAGGUUUCUAAUGGGGCUCAAUGAGAAUUUUGAGAUUGUGAGGAGUCACAUUCUCAUGCUUGAGCCAUUUCCACCAAUGAGCAAGGUGUAUUCCUUGAUUCUUCAAGAGGAGGCACAUAAAGGAAUUGGUCAUGGUAAUGGUUCUGCCUACAUUCCUAAACCUGAUUCAGUGGCACUGUAUGUUAAUGCCAAAGGGAAUCCUGGUAACAAGGCUGGACCUAAGAAGGAAAGACCCUUGUGCACCCACUGUAACAUGCUUGGACACACUGUGGACAAAUGUUACAAACUCCAUGGCUAUCCACCAGGUUAUAAGCAAAAGGGGAAGUUCAAUGUUAAUCAGGUUUCCUUUCCACAAGGAACUGAUGCUGAGAAUACAUCUGCUCAAUGUCCUAUUACUAAGGCACAGUGUGAGCAGCUUUGA